UAGGUGGCAGUCUCAAUUGCCUCCAGUCUGCUGUGGACGCUUGAUUAUAAAGGAUUAUUUAUAUUUUGCAACAUCAGUCAAAUCAAAGUUAGUUGAUAAAACAUUCCAAAUAGGAUUAAUUGUACAAAUAACUAUAUUUUUAUAACAAAAUGACUGAAAAGAAGAAGGAAGUGCGUGUGUGGUGUGAUGGUUGCUAUGAUAUGGUACAUUUUGGCCAUGCCAACUCUCUUCGUCAAGCCAAAGCACUUGGUGAUUAUUUAGUUGUUGGGGUACACACUGAUGCAGAAAUUACAAAGCAUAAAGGACCUCCAGUAUUUACUCAGGAAGAAAGGUAUAAAAUGGUCAAAGGCAUCAAGUGGGUAGAUGAAGUUGUAGAAGGUGCUCCUUAUGUUACGACUUUAGAGACCUUGGAUAAAUACAAUUGUGAUUUUUGUGUUCACGGUGAUGAUAUUACCGUGACAGCGGAUGGAGUUGAUACAUAUCAUCUCGUCAAAGCUGCUGGGAGAUAUCGAGAAGUUCAAAGAACAGCUGGCGUCUCUACAACAGAUCUAGUAGGUCGAAUGUUAUUGAUGACGAGGCAACAUUUCAAACAAGGGGACAGCGAAUAUACUGUUGAUAAAGAACCAAGCGAAAGUAUGGGCCAAGAUAGAACAGCUCGUAGUCCUUGGACGGGAUGUUCGCAGUUUUUACCUACAACACAAAAAAUAAUUCAAUUUAGUGAUGGAAAAAGUCCGCAGCCAGGAGAUAAGAUUGUUUACGUUGCUGGUGCCUUCGAUUUAUUCCAUGUGGGACAUUUAGACUUUUUGGAGGUCGCCAAGAAAGAAGGCGAUUAUUUAAUUGUUGGAUUACAUACAGAUCCUGCUGUAAAUCGUUAUAAAUGUGGUAAUCAUCCUAUCAUGAACCUUCAUGAACGAGUGCUUAGUGUAUUAGCGUGUAAGUAUGUGAAUGAAGUUGUCAUUGGUGCCCCUUAUGAGGUGACGAAAGAUCUUAUGGAACAUUUUAAUGUUUCCGUCGUAUGUCAUGGACAAACUCCAAUAAUGCCUUGUGAAGGAGGUACUGAUCCUUAUGCGGAACCCAAAAGACAAAAUAAAUUUAAACUACUUGAUAGUGGAAAUGAUAUGACGACUGAGAAAAUCAUCGAGAGAAUAAUAUUGCACAGGUUGGCAUACGAGGAUAGAAAUUUAAGAAAGGAGCAAAAAGAAAUUGCUGCUUAUGAAGCCUACAUUAAAUCACAAAAAAAGGAAACAUCGGAGUAAAAAUGAAUAACAAGUUCCUACAAAGGAAUUAUUAAUUAAUUCAAUGAUUAUGUAAAUGUAUACUGUAAUUCUUAAUUGUGAAUCUUUUAUUUAUUGCUUCUUAUUCAGAUUUGUGUGAUUAUCUCAAACUUACUCAUUAAUUAAAGUAGUCCUUGUGACGCUUUAAGUGACUCAAAAGACUCUAGAAAACUAAACUGUAUUACGUUAAAGAUAAAUCAUUAAUAAAGAGACACUAAAUCUCACUUGUUAAUAAAAAAAAAA